CGGUGUGUUUGUGAACCAAACCUAUACCUAUCUACGACAAUGGAUGUUACUCGCCGGUGUAUCAAUUGCUCUAUGAGAUUGGCGCACCAGCGCUGGCGCAUGGUGGAAGAUGCAACAGAGCCUAUGGUGAAUAUUCUUCGUGUCUGGGUAUCACCAACGCCGGUUUCUUCUAAUAGUAGAAUAUGCUUGGAGUGCUUUGGAAUGCUACAACAAGUACCCGAUGGUGUACCAGCCCAAUCGCCCGUGUCUGGACAUAGAAAUGUGUGCUUUGCUUGUGGUAUAUCUAUUCUGCGGGCCCGCACUCAUCUUGUACAUCCAGACAGCCCAGAAAGGAAUGUUAUAAUUAGUUGGACAUUUCCUCAUUUGGUACAUAUUAUUUUUUGUGUAUUUUUUUUACUAUGAUUAUAUGUGAUUUUUUAAAACUUA